AUUACAGAGCUCCAGCUGCAUCCAAGUCGUAAUUUCGGGAAAAAACUAGACUUUGUACGGUGCUUUGUCUUUUUGAUGUUGAUGUGUGUGGCAGCACAAAUACAGAGAAACUAGAAGAGGUCGACCGGAAUUUUUCAAAAGGACAUUCUUCACUAUUUAGUCCAUUCAAAUCCUAAAUUAAAUGAUUUCGACUAAGGAACUUUCGGUAGAAGAAAAACUAAGUGAAACGUAGACAAUCACUUUAUAAACUUCCCACUUUCAAGCGAAGAAACAAUAGAUAUUUUGUUUAGUUUUACUUCAAACUUCACUUAUCAGUAGUAGAAGGCCUAUCCUUUCCAUGUCCUUGCAACAAGCUCUUAAUUUUUAAUGUCGAAGAAAUAGAGACGCUUUUUCUUCAGCAAUAGGAAUUUUGGAAAAUGCUUCAAACUCAUUUUUUUGCGCGACAUUCGCCUAAAAAAGUAAAAAAAACAGGGAAUCUGAUUGGACGAUGCAUGUGACGUGCACCGUGUCGCACACCACCUGACUCUUUCUUUAACUUCAAUCCUUUCAAUUUCACCUCAUCCUCUUCCACUCGACUUUACUCGCCUCAUAUCUGGCGCCCGUCGUUAACCAUUUCAGUAGAAAACGCCGCGAUAAUCCGCUAUAAAUUUAGACGGCGGUCAUCGGUGUACGAGUGAGAAACAAUACGACAACUUCGUAGCCGCACGGUAAUUUACCGUAGCCGUAAUUACGCGUUGUGAUUGGUUGAAUUACUUGAAGACUAUAUGGUACAGUAUAGAAUCACACAAUGGCGAAGACUAAAGAUUCAAAUCUUGAUAUAAAAGUCCUUGAAGCGUCAGAAAUUCGGGACAUCUCAUCUUCCGAACACCCAGACAUCCCAGAUGGCGGAUGGGGCUGGUGUGUGUGUGCAGGGACGUUUAUCGUAAAUUUUAUCGUAUUUGGAAUCCAUAAUUCUUUUGGAGUUGUAUAUGCUAACCUCUUAGAUGAACUUAACAUGGGGAAGGCAGAGACUGCGUGGAUCGGAGCGAUGGCAAUGGGUCUUAACUUCAUGUUCGGGCCAGUAACCAGCCUCCUCUGUGACCGUUACAGCUGUCGCGCCGUUGCUUUCGUAGGCGCACUUCUUUCGGUUCUCGGCCUAUUCUUGACGUCAUUCGUCCAAGAACCAACCAAAAUGUACGUAACUUAUGAACUUCUAUUCGGCGUUGGGUCGAGUUUUUCGUUCGUAUCUUCGAUUGUAGUGCUUGGGGAUUAUUUUCACGAUCGUUUGGCUUUUGUUAACGGUCUGGCCACGUCUGGGAGUGGUGUUGGAUCGUUAGUUACCAGUCCCGUUAUGAGCUAUCUUCUGUCUACGACUGGGUGGAAGAAUUCAAUGAGGAUACUGAGUGCUUUUGCUGUGUUGCUGUGGGUGGCAGCGUUCUUGUAUCGACCCAACACGAAAAUCGAUCGAACUAGAAAACAGAGAGCUAAGCUCUUUGAUUUUAAGAUAUGGAAGAACAAAGCCUAUGUGUUGUGGGUGGCAACUGUCGCCAUAUUUCAGUUUGGGUAUCUCAUUCCGUUUGUUCAUUUGGUCAAGUACGCAGAGGACCUUGGAGUGUCCAAGUCUAAAGGCGCCUGGCUCAUAGGGUUUUUGUCCAUCAUGUCAACCUUAGGCAGAGUCGUGUUUGGGAAAAUAUGCGACUUCAAACGAAUAAAGCGGCUCAAUGUCUACCAGCUUUCCAUCUUUGUGAUUGGCAUAAGCACCAUUCUGUGUCCGCUGGCCAAGUCGUACGGUGGGCUCAUCGGAUAUUCUUUGACCUUUGGUUUCUUCGAUGGUUGCUUUGUUGGCCAGGUCGCUGUCAUUACGGCCGAUAUUGUGGGACACGAGAAUCUGUCUCAAGGAGUUGGGAAUCUUUUCGGUUGCCUCGCGAUUCCCAUGAGUUUUGGACCCCCUGUUGCAGGCUGGUUAUACGAUGGAUUUGGCUCCUACGCAGUCGCCUUCUACGUGUCAGGAAGUGUCGCCAUCUUUUCAUUCUUCCUCAUCUUCGUAGUAGCUUUCCUGCUUCGACACAGGAAAUCCAAAACUAAGUUUGAAAGUCGUCGACGAGUUUCGGUAACAGACUCUAGAGAACCGGUGAACAAAGAUGGUUUUUCGAUUCGCGAAAGCUCAGGAUAUUCGUCUUCACGAAGUGGGAGUGAAAAAUAUGAUAGUCAACCGCUUCUUCUUAAGAGAGAGCUCGUUAGUCCUAGAGAGGAUUACUUAUCAGGAACAAAGCUGAGAGAUUUGUUUUUUGAACUUGAAAGAGAAACUGUUCUAUAAAAUAUUAGGAAUUCAUCAAAUGCCUCAACUGACUUUUUUUAAAGCUUUUCAUAAAACUAGCGGAGGGUUUUGGGAAUUGUCUUCAAGUUUGCUUGAUUUUAUAUACAAUGGAGUAUUUCUAUAUUUUGCUAUUUAAAGAGUUUAGUUAUGAGGUUAAGAAGUUAAAUUAUCUUUCAAAAUUGUGUUAAAUGUAAUAAAAGUUAUAAUACAAAGAUUACUGUCUCCAUACAAAACAAGGAACACUAAUAAACUAUAUCUAAGGCAAUCUA